UUUGGUUCUGUUUUUAUGUUUAGUCACGAUGGUUGGCAAUUCUACACCAUAUGAGAACAUUUUCGAUCAGCAGAAUAGUCUGCUUGUUGUGUUCUCCUUGACAUAUCUCAUGUUUACGCUCAAAAACAUAAGAACUAGAAGAUUUGCACUAUUAUACUCAAGUAUCUGAUACACAGAUUCAACCAUUUGAACCAUUCGUCUGUUCUUUUGUUAUGUACUUAGCUUAAUUCGUAUGUCAAAUUGCAUAGUUUCUUCUGUCGACUGCAAUUGUUACACCUUUCGCAGGUUAUGGUCAUGAGUGUUAGAGAACAUUGUGAUUUCUUUCUAAUCUGUACCGUGUAAAAUGUCAACUAGAUCCAAGAUUGUAUUAGUCGUUUCAUGUGUUGCUUCCACGGGCAUUAUUUUCGGCGUUCACUACAAACAACAGCUAGAUCGAGAUAGAAUGCAUCAAGGUGUUGUCAGAGAUAUGGAAGUUCAAGAUAUGAAGAGAAGACAAAAUAUGGUUCUGCUGGAUCAACAAACUGCUCUGACACAACUGCUUCGAGACCAAGAAAAGUCAACAGAUUUUAAAUAACUUUUCUGUUAGAUUUGUUUGAAAAGAGCUAUAUUUUUGUGAAAAUGGGAUUUAAAACUGCAGUUUGAUUGAUUGUGAUGGGGAAGUGAGGUCAGUAAUACCGAUGACAAGUAAAAAAAUUGUAAUAUAUAUUCUCAUAGGUCAUGAGGAAAAUAAAAAAUAACCAAAUUA